UAAAGAAUUAUAAGAAAGCCGAUGAGGAAAAGAAGGCGGUGAUUUCGGGGAAGCGCGAUAGAAUGGCCGAGAUGAUUGUAGAUAUGAUUAAUGAAGACCCUAUAAUAUGUGUGAAACUUAUUGUGGCUUUCAUUAUCGGCUUCAUAUUAUGCCCGCGGACAUGUAAGACAUGUCCCUUGUGGGCGUUUAGAUAUGCGGAGCAGUUAUCAACUUUGCAUAAAUAUAAUUGGUGCCAUGCGGUGUUCACUCUUCUUUGCAAAGAGAUGAGUAAAUCAAAGAAGUCUCUUAGUAUGCGGGAAUUAGGUCAGCGCUCAAAUGCCGGGUACAUGGGUGGUUUUUCCUCCGUUUUACUGGUGAGUUACAUGAACAUUAUUUUGUAUAUCUUUUCAUUUUGAUAAUGAUUAUUGUUUAUGCACAUGCUAAUGUGUAGUUUCUUUUUUGUAGGUUUGGUUUUAUGAAAAAGUAGGGGAAUUAGAGUACACUUCAGAUAUUGAAAGGUUACCGCCGCUCUUUUGUGUGAAGAGUACUGGAAAGUGGAGGAGGACUACUAUGAACAAAUUAUAUAGAGUCCCGAAGUUGGUUACGGAUAAUGGCCAAGAGAAUACUCCUCUUAUUCAUACGGCAUCGCCAAUAGUAUUUGAAUCAAGGAAAGCUGAAUUAAUUUUCUUAAUUGCGGAGAAGACGUACGAGUUGAAUGAGCUCACUACAGAAUUACGAGAAUUAGAAGAGCGUAGUGCUAGAUGCCAAAAAAAACCAAGGAGAAAGAGGAUGACGGAAAUGUAACUGAAGAAAAAAAAUCAAAGAGGAUAUGGAAGCUAAGGAAUAUGAGAAUUUGGAAGGAACUGGGGAAGCCGAUUUAUGUGAUGACUUUGUGAUGAGCGCAAGAGACAUGAGAAUUUUAGAAGAUGCUCGAGAUGUUUCUCAAAAAGAUGAAGGUGGUAAUGAGAAUAACAGAGAAACGCCAUCUAUCAAACGGGCUGUCGGAAAGAGGGAGAGGAAGGAUGGACCCUCUGUUACUUCACCUUAUAUGCCUCUAGAUCAACCAAAGGAAGGCACAAAGAAGAGACGUGUCAUCCAGAUAUUGGAUAGUCCUGAUGGGAAAAAAAAGUACAAAAAUGAAGAAGGCUUCAUACCUACAUCUAGAGACUAUCCAGGUAAGGCACUGGCGUUUGAUUAUGAGAACAAAUUAAUUGAAGACUUUCUACAAUCGAGAAUGAACAGGUAACUGUUACUGACUUAUUCUAAUAAUAAUCUUUGAAUUUA